AUGUCAACUACGGACGAGAAACUAUCUGACCAAAACCCAUCAAUAUGGCACAUCUACCACAAAGGCGACCGGCACAUCUCAAUAACACCAUUCAUCAAUCCAAAAAAGGAGUUCGGAUUCAAUAAGAAAAAACACGAAAAGCCCGCUGGAGACCAAGACGAGGAAUCCAACUAUUUCAUACACCACCCAACUCUAAUAUUCCACAAUCCUCCACGUACACUCCGUCGCGGAAAUAAAAACGGAACACCGAUCUGUCUAAUUAAAUGCGGGACCUUUUGGCGGAACUGGACAAUCCAGCUCGGUGAUCUGAAGGAUGUUAUUGAUCCUAGAGGUGUGGUAAAAUGGGAGUGUCGCAGUAACACAAACAAUACUCUCAACGAUGAUCGCGCUUUGAAAGGGUAUAAGGUCCGCUCGUGGAGGGUGUGGGGGGAGAGUGGGAAAGAAUAUCAUCGUCUGGUUAAUUUGAGACGCAAGGAAAUGGAAUUUGCGGAAAGGGAAAAUAUGCAAGUCGUGCAUGAUACUCCUAAGAUAAAAAUCACGGAAGAUGGGAAGCAAGGCUUGGAUUCACGAACAGAAUACCCUAGCUCUCCUUACUCUGCAACACCGCAUCCAGCUCUUGCUGAAGAGGCAGUCCGUCUAAGCUGGCGUUCUCCGGUUUCGUUAAGUCCUCGGCGCUAUACGUUCGAAUACGCCAAUAUCAAGUUCUCCUGGGAAGGAACGAGAGACGUACACUCGACCAGAAGGGCGAAAUGGAUCAUGCCAUUCAGCCACUUGAUGUUGAUUGCCAGACUUCCUGAAAAUGAGAGCGAAGAUAUCCUCGUUGGACAGUAUACAGCAAGCUUUGCGAGUUGCAAAUAUGGCGAGUUGUGGGUUUUCGAUUCGGCGGUAGCUCAGCUACUCGAUGGCCAUUCUUCCGAUGUUAGGGAGACGAGACUGUAUGAAUUGAUCAUCACGACGGCUAUGUGUAUGAUAAUUGGUGAGAGGGGGAAGCGGAAUACUCUCUUGGCUUUACUUGCGCUGCUGGCAGAAGGGGGAGGUGCUAGUUAG